AUGCCGCCAAGUGUGUCGUCCUCUUCGUCCGCAUCAUCCUCGUCCUCCUCGCCGUCCCUCCUAGUCCAUCCGCCCUCUCCAAACCUGAGCUCUGCCUGCGUUACGCUGCAAGCAGCAGCAUCGUCAGCCUCGCCUGCGGAUCCUUGUCCAGCUGAGGAAGCCUCCCGUUCAGGUGCGUUGUCUCAAGCAGCACCCUCAGCUUCGCCUGCUGAUCCUCCUCCGCCGAAUGAGGGAGCCUCCGGUCCGGGUGCGUUGUCGUGGCUGUCGUGGCUGCCUGCGCCGGAUGGCGAUAGGGACGAGGAGAUUGCGGCGUGGAGAGACUCCGGGCCGAGACACCUACGCCUCCUCUGCUGCGACGACGAGGGCGACGACGACAAAGAAGGUGACGAUGACAAAGAAGACGACGAGAAAGCGUCCAAGGCCGAAUCAGGCCCAGAAGUGAGGGAUGAGAGUGGUAAUAGUAAUGAAGAUAGCAGCACCGUCCCUGAAGCUUGA